AUGUCGACCUGCCCUUCCUUCUCUAUAAAAAAACCUCAGACCUACUUCCCUCUCUUUGCUCGCUUCUCGUCACUCUCCGCUCUCCUCUCUAGAAUUUACCGCACACCUCCUCUCUCGCUCUCGCUCGCUCUCUCGCUCUCUGUGCAGAUCAGAUCUCUCGUGCUCGGAUAUGGCAAAGAUCAAGUGCGUCAAGGCCAGGCAGAUCUUCGAUAGCCGUGGCAACCCCACCGUCGAGGCUGAUGUGACCCUUGACGAUGGUACCUUUGCUAGAGCUGCAGUUCCUAGUGGUGCAUCCACCGGUAUUUAUGAGGCCCUUGAAUUGAGGGAUGGAGGAUCUGAUUAUCUUGGCAAGGGUGUUUCCAAGGCCGUUGGUAAUGUUAACACGAUCAUUGGCCCAGCAUUGGUUGGAAUGGACCCAACUGACCAGACCGCUAUCGAUAACUUCAUGGUUCAAAAACUCGAUGGAACUGUAAACGAGUGGGGUUGGUGCAAACAAAAGCUUGGAGCCAAUGCCAUCCUUGCAGUAUCUCUUGCUGUCUGCAAAGCUGGGGCUGCUGUCAACAAGAUUCCCCUCUACAAGCACAUUGCCAAUCUAGCUGGUAACAAGAAAUUGGUGUUGCCUGUUCCUGCUUUCAAUGUCAUCAACGGUGGGUCGCAUGCAGGAAACAAACUUGCCAUGCAGGAGUUCAUGAUCCUUCCUGUGGGAGCUUCCUCUUUCAGGGAGGCCAUGAAGAUGGGUGUUGAAGUGUAUCACCAUUUGAAGGCUGUUAUCAAGAAGAAGUACGGUCAGGAUGCCACCAAUGUUGGUGAUGAAGGUGGUUUUGCUCCUAAUAUUCAGGAGAACAAGGAAGGUCUGGAGUUGCUCAAAACAGCAAUUGCAAAGGCUGGUUACACUGGCAAAGUUGUCAUUGGAAUGGAUGUUGCUGCUUCAGAGUUCUAUGCUGAUACCUAUGAUUUGAACUUCAAGGAAGAGAAAAAUGAUGGUUCACAGAAGAUUUCUGGCGAAGCUCUCAAGGAUCUCUACAAGUCGUUUGUGACAGAGUAUCCCAUCGUGUCGAUCGAAGAUCCAUUUGACCAAGAUGACUGGGAGCAUUACUCUAAGCUGACCUGUGAAAUUGGUGAGAAGGUUCAGAUCGUGGGAGAUGAUCUUUUGGUCACCAACCCCAAGAGGGUCGAGAAGGCAAUUCGAGAGAAAACUUGCAAUGCCCUUCUUCAGGUCAAUCAAAUCGGGUCUGUCACCGAGAGUAUUGAGGCUGUGAGGAUGUCCAAGCGUGCUGGGUGCGUGAUGGCCAGCCACCGCAGUGGAGAAACAGAGGAUACCUUCAUUGCUGAUCUCUCUGUGGGUUUGGCCACUGGUCAGAUCAAGACUGGAGCUCCUUGCAGAUCGGAGCGUCUGGCAAAAUACAACCAGCUUUUGAGAAUCGAGGAGGAGCUUGGCGCAGAAGCUGUUUAUGCUGGAGCAGACUUCCGCGUGCCAGUCGAGCCCUACUAAAAAGCGAAAUUAUAUUUGAGUGAACGAGUGUUUGCUUUUACGCGGCUCAAGUUUUUAACUUUGCUGGCAGUUUUGAGUCAUAGUAGGUGAAAACCUUUUGUACGUGAUGUCGUGACUUGUGGAUUUUCCUGCGUUGAAUAAUUUUGAAGCAGAGAGCCUCGGUUGGGCAACUGAGACCCGAUUUUGGAGGUCUGUUUAUUACCUA